AUCUAUAUUCAAUUUAAGAAAGUUUGCAGCAAGAUGGCCGUGGUCACUCCUGUUCACUCCUGUCAAAAACAAAUUAAACUGACAAGCGCGUUUUCACCAGUAAAAGUCGGAAAUUUAGUUAAAAACUUCUAUUAAAUAUUCAAUCACAGACUGCAGCUGAAAAACAGAAAAGACGCUGCACAUAAAUUUAAAAGAAACAAUGCCUGUUUAAAAUAACCUAAGAUUGACUAGAUUUAAAUGGCUACUAUGGAGAAAAAAUCGUGUGCGGAUCUUCUGAACUUGGAACAUAAUAACUCAAAAAAUGCGAGUUCAGAUUCUCUUAAUUCGGACAGCAAAAGUAGUUCCCUGAACUCUAAAAUGGGGCAAGAAUCGGAAAGUUGGAAAAAGGCAUCGCAUUCGAAAAGCUUUUCUACAAGCUCGACCUCAACUGAUAAUAAUAUUGUUUCUGCUCUAGAAACCAAAAAAGAGAAUCCAGAAGUAUUUGAUCUGAAUCUGCCGACUGGAGACACAGGGCCACCUCUUCUGAACGGAGAAAGAAUGCGAGGAGUUGCACGAGAGGUGACAUAUCUCUGCCCUUACUCCGGACCAGCUCGAGGAUGUCUGAGUGUGACAAACUACAAACUCCACUUUCGAAGCACGGACAGGGAACCACCGUACAUUGUAGAAAUGCCUUUGGGAGUCGUUAGCAGAAUUGAAAAAGUUGGCGGAGCAUCCAGUAGAGGAGAGAAUUCUUACGGGAUUGAAAUAUUCUGUAAGGACAUGCGCAAUUUAAGGUUCGCCCAUAAGCAAGAGAAUCAUUCCAGGAGGAACGUAUUCGAAAAACUGCAGCAGUAUUCGUUUCCAAUAUCUCACAAAUUGCCUCUUUUUUCCUUUGAAUACUCUGAGACAUUUCCAGAAAAUGGCUGGAAUGUGUAUGAACCGAUUGCUGAAUUGAAAAGAAUGGGAGUCAAUAACGACAUGUGGAAAAUUUCCAAAAUUAACGACACCUACGCGCUUUGUGACAGUUAUCCGGCGGUGUUAGCUGUUCCGACUGCUGCCACAGAUGAAGAUCUGCAGUCUUCGGCAGCCUUUAGAAGUAGGGGGAGACUACCCGUCCUAGCGUGGAUUCAUCCAGAGAGUCAAGCAACUAUAACUCGUUGCGCACAACCACUUGUUGGAGUCGGAGGAAAAAGAAGUCGUGAAGACGAAAGAUACAUUCAGCUGAUCAUGGAUGCAAACGCCCAGAGUCAUAAGCUAUUUAUAAUGGAUGCGAGGCCAAUGGCCAAUGCGAUAGCUAAUAAAGCCAGGGGAGGAGGAUACGAAAGCGAAGAUGCUUAUCAAAAUGCUGAACUCGUUUUCCUGGAUAUUCAUAAUAUUCAUGUGAUGAGAGAAAGUCUCAGGAAACUGAAGGAAUUGUGUUUCCCUAUCAUCGAUGAAGCCAGGUGGUUGUCUGGAAUCGAGUCGACGAUGUGGCUGAAACACAUAAAAAAUAUACUCGCAGGAGCCGUUAGAAUUGUAGAUAAAGUUGAGAAUCACAAGACCUCAGUGAUGGUCCAUUGUUCAGAUGGAUGGGACAGGACAUUGCAGCUUACAGCGUUAGCGAUGAUAAUGCUGGACCCAUAUUAUAGAACUAUCAAGGGAUUUGAAGUUUUGAUAGAAAAGGAAUGGCUCAGCUUUGGUCAUAAAUUCCAACAUAGAAUCGGCCAUGGAGAUGAACAUCACAGUGAUGCAGACAGAUCGCCUGUUUUUUUACAAUUUAUAGACUGCGUGUGGCAGAUAAGUCAAGAAUUCCCGAACGCAUUUCAAUUUAACGAGCAUUUCCUAAUCACGAUUCUCGACCACCUAUAUUCCUGCAGAUUCGGGACAUUUUUAUUUAAUAGCGAACGAGAAAGAGUUCAGGAAAAGGUGAAAGAAAAGGCCGUCUCAUUAUGGUCUUACAUUAAUAGCCAAUCAUCUUUAUACCAAAAUCCACUUUAUUGGGCAGGACCUAACUAUCAUUUGGUCUUAAUGCCUGUUGCUAGUAUGCGAUAUAUUAAACCUUGGAAAAGCCUGUAUUGUAGAUGGAAUCCUAGUAUGCGACAACAGGAUCCUGUGUACCAACGAACAAGGGAACUUUUAGUCUUGAAGGAACAGCUGGAAAAACAAGAGGAGGAAGGUCGACGCGAGCAGGCUUCUAGAGCAAAUAGAUCUUUGACAUCUCCGUCACAACCUAGAAUACAUUCCCCAGUUCACUCAUAACCCAAGGUCUCAUGCAGACAUAUAGUAUUGCAAAUGAGAUAAUGGACCUUUCAAUAAUUCAAUUGAUCCUGUAUAUGAUAAUUUCUGACUGAUUCAGCUUCGCUGUGUACAAAGUGUUUAUUAUUAAGUCGAUUUACUCGUAAUGUAUUCAGACAAGAGACUUCGAUGUCCUUUAAUUGUGCAACCUUUGGUGCCGAAAAUAUAAGUGAUAAUGUGUAUGAUGAGAUAAUGCACAAAGCUUUUCGUAUCAUA